CUCAGUGGUAGAGGCCGAGGCGGUGCUGCGCGUGCGCGUGUGGUCUGAGAGCGGAGGGGCUUCAGAGUUGUGUCUGUGCGAGUGACGCCGACACCGGUGGGCGGCCGCGGGACGUGUCCGGUGCGUUUGUGCCCAGGCUGCUGGGACGCGUCAGCAGAAACAAUGCCAGGGCCUUCUACUGUGUUUUGGAUGACGUGGUAGCACAGCUUCAAACUCCCUCAGCAUCUUGGUCCCCACUGUUGUCCCGUCUACCACCAAGCUGGAAGCAUUCUGCCAAAAUGGGUAGUAUCAGUAAAUCUACCUAACUGGGCCUGUGUGAAUUGCAAUAGGUUGUAGUAAUGCUGAAAGCAGGUAUGGCUGUCAGGGUCAGCUCUUCCCUGUUGUGGCCUCUUCCUUCCACUGGACUCCUCACCUACCAAACAGGACAGGAGACCUGACAUAUGGACCGAGCCAAAGAUGCCUCUCUUUGGGAAUACGUUCAGUCCGAAGAAGACGCCCCCUCGGAAGUCUGCUUCUCUCUCCAACCUGCAUAAUCUGGAUCGGUCAACCUGGGAGGUGGAGCUGGGCCUUGACUACGGGACUCCCACCAUGAACCUGACGGGGCAAAGCCUCAAGUUUGAAAAUGGCCAGUGGGUAGCAGAGAUGGGGGUUAGUGGAGGUGUGGACCAGAGGGAGGCUCAGCGCCUCUGGAGGCGGAACCAGCAACUGGAGGAAGAGAACAAUCUCCUGCGGCUCAGAGUAGACAUCCUGCUGGACAUGCUCUCUGAGACCAUUGCCGAGUCCCAGUUAAUGGGGAAGGAGCUGGAUGAGCUGAAGAGUGUCAGCCGGAGGAGGAAAUGAAGACCCCAAAGACACGUGUUAGGGAAGGAGGGAGAAACCUACUGAGCAGAAGAGUAGGAUAUGGCCGGGGUGUUUUUUUAGUUAAACUAGUGGAUUAGGUCCUGCGAUAAGGCCUAAAGGUACUGACCCCUUGGGUUGGCAGUAGGACAGUGACAGCCCAAACCAGGAUUCCAGGCCAGGGCCUUCAGUAGGAACGGCUGCACGGCACAGGGAGGCGAGUGUGUAAAUCGGGCCUCAGGGAGGCCUGCGGCAGUGAGGAGUCUUCAGGUGCUGUCCAGUUACUUCACAUACAAGUGCACCUGUCCCAGGUUCUCUCUUGCUGGCCUGACACUGCUGGGAGAAGCAGCAGGAAUCCAUCAUGUCACCCCUGGCACUGGUGGUGGAGUACAGCACCAGUUCUGAAGAAGCCUGUGUUAUGGCGUCUCCGGGGAGCAGCUCUCCUGGCUGGCUGCCCCUCAGGCCACACUCUCCAUCCUUUAGAGAAAGAAUUCUCCUUCCUCAAAUCCACAGCCUCUGGCUUCAUUCCUCAGCCCCAAACAUCAGCCGGUACCAGCCUUCCACAGCAACACCAUAUUUUUGUGCUACUUUUCCAUUGACACUACUUUUUUUUAAUUAAAUGAGGUUAUAUAAUCGGUCUGUGGCCAGAGUGACUGGGAAAAGCAGCAUUAGUUCUUGGAGAAGUGAAUGGAGUCUGGAGUCUAAGCCUCUGUUGUUCCUUCCAAAGACAGAAUUUUAGGGUGCGGGGAAGUGCCACCAUUGCAGGAGAAGCACUCCAGCUUCCUGGGCGUUGGCAAAGGCUGACCUGCCACAGAAACAGUCCCUCUGCCCCCAUUCCCGCCCCUCCUCCUCGAGGGAGUUGGGACUAGCUCAGACCUGGCAGGGGCCGAGCACCUGGAGCUGAGGGCCGCAUCCCUGCAGUGGGAAUCUGUGCUGAGUUGGUGUGAGCAGAGCUGCUGUGGUUGGAGGAGGGAGCCCGCCAAAGGGACCCAGCUCCGGGAGCGGGGUGGGGACAGAGAGCCUAGGGCUUUAGACCAGGAUGGCUUCUCUGGUCAGCCGUUUCUGAGUGCCUGUUACUUGCCUGGCACUGGCCUUAGGCCCUCGCUUGCCCUCCCAUUUCUCCUCAGUUCAGUCCUGUGAAGCAGGGAUGGUCAGCAUGCCUAUUUGGAGGUAAGGCACCAAACUCCAGGAGGUUCAGAAACUGGUCUAGAUCAUACAGGGGAAGGUGGGAACCUGUUGAUUCACAGCUCAAGGUGAAAGAGAGCUGCUGGGUGCAGAGUAGCCUCAAAUGGAGGCUGCUAGUGGAGGCCAGGGCCAGCUCCAUGGGGGAUGGACAGAAGCAGCCUCUGUCUAUGUUCUGAUAACAGGAAAAUAAAGAAAAAAUUGGAGGAUACAAAUACAGGGUGUAAAUCUUCAGGGGCAGGUAAUAGGAACAAUUGAGACUUUGCUUAUUGCUAGACCAGUGCAGUUGGCAACCAUUUAUUGAAACCCUUGAUGCCAACUGCCUAUUAAUAAUUCUUGUGACAAUUCAGGUUUACCCUCAUACCCUGCAUUUAGAUGGAAAAAUGAGAUUACACAGCUGGAAAGAAUGGAGCCAGGACUGAAUCAGGAAUCAUGAGGGGCAGGUUUGUCACAAUGAUGUGGGUCCCACUCUGCAUCACCACUGCCCUGUAAGGUGGGGCCCACAGUGUUGGCUGAUGGAUGUGGGGUAUAAGCUAAGUCAAGGGUGAUCCUGUUAAAUGAAAGUCUGCAAGAGAAAAGGGAGAAAUCAUCCAUGUCUCCCAGACCCAACCCCUAUUGUUGUUUUUGUCAAGUACAUCCUUCAGUUCUGGCUAAAGCCUUUAUUAACCAAAUCUAAUAACAGAGUGAUCUCCUUGACAUUAUCUCUUGUAGUCACUACAGCAGUUUUGUGAACUUCAGUGCUGAGUGUCAGAUUAGGAAGAGCUGUUAG